AGGGGCAACUUUUGUUUAUUUUUGCUUUCUUUCUGUCUUUUUUCUGCCUUUUUUUAUUUUACCUUAUUGGUAAUGUUUCACGUAUAAACAACAACCUUUUACAACCAAUAUUUAACAAAAUAAAUAACAAAUACGUAUCAAAGUCGCGCCCCGCUAAUUCUAAACUCGCUACUUCUUUGCAAAGUAAUUCCAAAUUAUAUAUCGCAUACACAGAAAAUAUUGUCGUACAACACAAGUAGAUCCAUCUCCGUGUAAAAACACUCUCGUUUUCGUAAUUGUUCAUUCUGUUUGCUUUUUUUAUAGAAACGAUCAUAUAGUAUAUCUUGGGAGAGUAGUUCUGGAUCUGUCCCCCCAAACUAAUAUAAAUAAUGAUGAGAGUAGCGGAAUCUAAGAGUUGCUACACAAUGGACACUGACCAAGAUAAGGUCAGUUUUUUCAAGCUAAUGUCUAAAAAGAUCUCGAGCGUGUCAUCUGCUGCAAAUUACACUCUCUCAUCUGUAACUAUGAACGUCACAGUAUGCACAUUUUUAAAAAGGUGUUGGUACUUUUGUGUAUUCGGCCAUUGAAUCUUGGGUACUCGGACAUACACAAACCUUGGUGCCUGGAUAGUCCUUUCUUUUCAACUCGACACAUUACGAACAGCAUUGACCUAAUUUCCUAUUAAAGCUAUUACUAUAAUUUACCCAUGUUCAUGAAAUUAUAGACCAUUGAAGACGUUUCAUUCCAUAAAGUUUAAUGUAGGACACUUAAAGAACGGUUAGCAAUAUUACGUAUGUUCUAUCCACUUCUUCAAGGAUAGCACUUCCCUUUUUAAGAAAAUAUGAGCUCAAGAGCAAAAGUUGAAAAGAGAGCAACGUGUAUACACUGCAAAAAAAAAAAAAAAAAAAA